CCCACCGAAGAGGAUAAACACAAUUUAAUCAUUGACACGAUAUUAAACAGAAGCUAUACACCACGAAUUAUUUAUCACAUUUUUACUUUUGGACAAGACAUCUAAAGUAUGAUUAGUCCUCCAAUAUCAGCAGUGAAGCCGCCCUCUACUCCUGUUCAGAUCGCGACGGAGCCACCGGAGUCUGCCGCAGCAGAGUCAGAUUUCGUGGUCAUCCUUGCGUCUUUGUUAUGCGCCCUAAUCUCUGUGGUGGGCCUAAUUGCGGUAGCUCGGUGUGCCUGGCUUCGUCGCGGUGGAGCUGAAGGGAACAGUCGCUUAGGAGGACAGAUAUCGGCCAAUAAAGGUUUGAAGAAGAAGGUGCUGCAGUCAUUCCCCAAGUUUACAUAUAAUUCCUAUGCCGUGGAUGGGGCGGCGUUGGCGGAUUGCGCCAUAUGUUUGGCGGAGUAUGUAGAUGGAGAUGAUAUCAGGAUGUUGCCGGAGUGCGGCCAUGGGUUCCAUGUUCUUUGUAUAGACAAGUGGCUGGGAUCCCACUCGUCGUGCCCUUCUUGUCGGAAGAUUCUUGCCGCGGCUUCGUGUCGUAAAUGCGACAAGAUACCGGAGAUCUCCGGCGCCGGCGAUGCCAACACGGGUCCAGCUGAAACUGAGCUCAAGUCUAGACAAGAUCGCUUUGCUGCUUCGAGUUCAGUUGGAUUUUUGCCGUAGAAAAUAAAUUUCUAUUGGAGAUUGCAAAUUCGAGUUCGAGAAUCACAGCGGUCAUGGUAAAUGUCUGUAGGGAUCAAUCCGACAUUCGUGUAUGAUUGUAUCGAAUCCAAGGGCAAAAUGGACAAAAAAUUAAGUACAAUUUUAUUUUGUAGAGAAAAUAUAUUCGCAUUGCAUCUUUUAGUAUCACCACAUUUUAAUUGCAUAAAAAACUCAAAAUUUUUAAUUA